AUGGCAAUUGCACGCUGGCGUCCCUUUGCCACAUCUCUACCACUAAUCGCCAAACCGCCGACACUCGAACGACGAGCCGAAACAGCCUCUCAGACCUGCGAAUACAUCGGCCCCAACCAACUCCUCAUUUCCCGUCCAGCGUUCAUCGCCAUCCUCACAAUCCUCACAACCAUAACCCUCCUUUCGCUCCUCUCCCUCGCCACAAUCCUCUACCGGCAGCACCUCCACCAACGCAAGAUCCUCGCGUGGGGCCGCCGAUCCCGCUACGGAGCGAGAAUCUCCAUCAUGCGGAAAGAAAUCGACGAUUCCUUCACGAGACAGUAUAAAGGGUGUUGGGUGGGAGAAGUGGUCGAGAAUCCGGAAAUGGGGAGCUGGAGUCCCGUGGAGAUGGCAACUGAGAGAAGGGUUUGGGAGAUGGAGAGCGCGGGUCCUGCGAAGAAUAAGAAUAAGAUGGUUGAGGUUCCUGCUGUUCCUGCUGUUCCGGGCAGAGCGGCGGGGAGGAGGAGUAAGGUUGGGAGUUUGUUCUUUGAUCCGGGGAGUGGGCUUUGGAUGCCUAAGAGGUGAGGAGAUGCUUGCUGGACCACUUGCCACCAACAGAGCAGACUACUACUAUCUACUACUACUGGAAGGUCGGAUAUCUACAAGGCAUCAACAGAAAUGUCAAUGCACGCAUCUCCACGUUUUUUUUGGGGGGGGUUCUCUGAUGCCACGGGCUUGCUUCGGCGACAACGAUUGGACUGCCGUCGUGAGCUUCCGGCAUUUUCCUUGUGGCAGCAUUUGCAUUGCAGAGAUCCACCUCACCUCACCCAUGCACUGGGCAGCUUGCUCAAUAAUACAGCUCCACCUUUCACAUCACGUCAGAAAUGAUUCUACAGACCAUGGCGGCUACAACAACAACAACAACGACGACAAACAACAUCAUAAUAAUAUCAACAUGGAGAAGCGACAGACGGGGGCUUUUGAUCUCGAAAGCGAGUCUGGACUGGAAGAUUCUCGUGCAGACAUGCCUCCUCCAAGAGGGCUUCAGCGGCACAUCCCAUGGCGGCGCUGUCUGCUUCUUUUCAGUGUCGUCUGCGGCAUGAUUACCCUGGGUCUGUACAAGCCAUUUCCCAUCCUUCCGGACUCACUCCUCCAGUGCUCCAACGCAGUAGUGCCACCCAUGGCGGACGAGGAGAGCAACUGGUGUCCUCUCCCAGCCCCUCUCCUCCCUUCCAACGACGGCUUGCAAGAUUCCAUCGGCCUCUUCGCCGGCGAGAAAGCCCUGCAGAAGCAAAUCGAAAGGCUCUCCGCUGCGGUCAAUGUGCCGACGGUCUCGUACGACGACAACGGAGACGUCGGCGAGGAUCCGCGGUGGCAGGUCUUUGGCGAGCUGCACGCUGUGCUCGAGCAUCUCUUCCCUCUGGUGUUAGUCUUGUGUCUGUUCCACAUCAUCAUGCCUGUCACAUAAGCUGAUGAAGACCGGCAAAAAGUGCAUCUCAGGUUCGCCGGACCAAGGUCAAUCGGCACGGCCUGCUCUACCACCUCGAAGGCUCGGACAGCUCGCUGCAGCCGAUGUUGUUCAUGGCCCAUCGAGACGUCGUCCCGGAAAUUGACGCCGCGAGAUGGACGCAUCCUCCAUUUGAAGCGUACUGGGAUGGCGGUUUCCUCUGGGGCCGGGGCUCCGCCGACUGCAAAUCCAACCUCAUCGGGAUCUUGACGGCCGUCGAGGCACUCCUGAAACAGAGCUUCCAACCCCGACGGUCCGUCCUUCUGGCCUUCGGGUUCGACGAGGAGACGGGCGGGCAGCGAGGGGCCAGAUCCAUCGCGGCCGAGUUGCAGCGCCUAUGGGGAAACAAUUCCCUGGCCAUGAUCGUGGACGAGGGUAAUGAAUUCCGCGAUACCCCCACGUCGGAAACGGUGACGAGGAGCUCUGCUAAUCUUUCCCGCAUGAUCAGGUGGCAUGGGCGUAUCGACCCUUGGCGACGUUGCAUACGUACUCCCCGCGUAAGUCCUCUUUUCCUUGAUCAUCAUCCAAAGCCCCUAGGACUUUGAAAGAUUGUUGCGAGAUGUUAGCGUGGAUGCUCGUUAUACCCACGGCAUACCGCAAAUUUUCACGCAUUCAUCCCUUUGACUUGCGCCGUGGGCAAUAUUAUGAACAGAACAGAGCAGAACCGAACAGAGGAGGGCGGCAGUGGCCGGUGUAGGGUUGUUGAUUGGUGCGGGCUGUCGCCAAACUCUGCGCAGAUGAUAUGCCACCGAUGCACCACACCUUGACUCGGUUCUACCCCUGCGGAUGGGGGAAUUGCAAAGCGCGCGGAUGAGCUGGGAGAGGGCUAGGGAUACCACACGCGCAUCGUUGCUGACAAGGGGAAACACCACCAGUACCGCCGAGAAAGGCUUCCUGGACAUCGUCCUAACGCUCGACACGGACGGCGGUCAUUCGAGUCGACCGCCCAAACACACGGCCAUCGGCAUCAUGUCGGAAGUGAUCCUGGCGCUGGAGAACCAUCCCUUCGAGCCCUGGCUCGGAGAGAGGAACCCCGCGAGUCCGGUCCGCAACGUGCUCGAGUGCGAAGCGGAGCACUCUCCUUCCCAUGUCGAGCCCUGGCUCCGACGAGGCCUGGCUUCCGGGCGAGAUAUCGGGUCGGAGAUGGCAGAGGCACGUGGCGAUGCGAUCCGGUGGCAGAUCCAGACUUCCCAAGCCGUGGAUGUCAUCCAUGGCGGCGACAAGGACAACCAGCUCCCGAAUCGCGUGCAGGUGACCGUGAAUUACAGGAUCGCGCCGCAGGACAACAAUGUCGAGGCCCUCUACGACCGAGUCGCGACCCAGGUGGCCGCCGUCGCGCAUCGCUACAACAUCUCCGUGUCAGGCCUGGGCUUCGACGAGGAGCAAACCACCACCACCGCCGCCGCCGGAAUCCUGAGACUGCAGUCGAAAGACCUGCUCAUCCCAUCGCCCAUCACGCCCACGACCCAGGCCUCGGAUGCCUGGCGUGUCUUCAGCGGCACCCUCCGUCAAGUCUUCGAGACGACCGACACACUCUCCGGGGUGAGGACAGUCGUCCCCGUCGGCUCCAUCGCGACCGGCAAUUCGGAUACCGCCCACUACUGGGCCCUGACCAGGAACAUCUACCGCUUCACGCCCGCGCGGGAAGGCUCGCGCCUGCGCGUCCACGAUAUCGACGAGCGCAUGCAGAUGAGCGCCCACAUGGAAGGGAUUCGAGUCUACUACGAGCUCAUUCGCAAUAUGCAGUGA